AUGAUAGAAAGAAGAGAUGGAGCAUUCUUCCGUCCAUCUGAAAUUACUGAAACUGUGCGCCAACUGGAGAAACCAUCAAUUCAAAUUCAGAGUCUGACUCCUGAAUCGGGAUGGACCUGCACCAUUAAUAUUCAGGGCCAGCCUGAUACACAGUUUGAAUCCACAGGCAAAAGCAUGUUUGUUACCAAAGGAAAAAACAAUGUGUUCACAAUUCUGUUGACAAGAAAGGAAUUCAGCCAGACAGAGUUAUUUAUCAAGUCGAAUUUCACACGAGAAACAAUUAAACUGGGUUUUAGUAGCUACUUAUUCCCGAUCUCUCUAACAUCUUUUGUCAUAAACAACUGUGAAGUCGGAAUCGAAAAGCUAGAAAAUGGUAAUCUAACAGAGUACAAAGCAAGAUUGAGGAAUUGUGAAUAUCAAGAGGCGCACGAAAGGUACUUCAUGUUUGAUCUUCACUACAACUCAGGAGAUAUUGUCCAGAUGUAUUCACUUGAUAAGAACGAAACUGCUUUCAAGCGUUAUAGCCAGUAUUCGAAAUACGCCACGACUUACUACGCAAGCGAAGAAAAGGAUGUAUACUACGCCAUUUUGAAUUUUCCAGCUUUGAUAGCAGAUGAUAUAACUGUAGACAAUUUUCGAUUCCUCUCCGUUUACGACAAAAAUCUAUAUGGAGAUUCUAUUCUAGGCAGUCACCAUUGGAUAUACAAUCUCUGA